GUGGUCCAGACCCAAUGAGAAACUAUCAUCAUAUAUGGUUGCAAAGGAACCAUUUUUAAACAUGUAUAUGGUGCCAGAAUUUAAUGUUGCUGGUGCUAUAUGAGGUACUCUGGCACUAGAAUCUAAAUGUGCACCUCUGUUAAAGAACACGCAUGCUACAAUAGUAAAUCUCAAACAUGGGUAUUAGCGUAAUUUCAUUAAAUAGCCCCGGUUUGCACCAGUUGGUAAAUCAGCCCCAUAGGUUUUGUUUUUUUUGUUUUUUUUGUGAAGUACGUCACUCCCACGAUUUGCUUCUCUGUUUGGAGCAGUUCGUUUCCAAAUGAGCUGGAAUAUGCUUGGUUUCACAUUGAAAAAAGUUGAAAAGGAGCAAAGUGACAAACUUACCAAGUCCAUUUCCAAGCGAACCGAGAAGGCCAUUUCAAGUGAUCUUGGUUGACUUGGUUUGAUGUCUAUCCUGGUGUGAUUUUCGUGGUUCUUGGAGGUUUCACAAAUAGCUUCAGUCCGCAUCAAAGGGUCAAACUAACUAGUGGAAGUGCCCUCGGUGUCGACCAGAAGCUCUGGAAAGUUAUCGGAGAACCAUACAUCAUUUAUUGAUGUUUUGAUACCCAGAAUUCAUCAUGGCACAAUUUGUACUGUAAUGCCAUUGUUUACAACCCUGCUGGAUUCAAAAUGAUAAAAUGUCAGUCUUUAACAGGAGAGUAGGGGGCACAAAGAUUCCGCAGAGACAAACAAGUUUUUUUGGAGCUUGUACACAUGCUCUACAAUUAACCCUGAAUCCAAAAUCAAGAAGCAAAUUCAAAAUAACACUUAAAAUAUGCCACACUUCUGGUAUAAAAGACUUUCUUGACACUUGAGUAAAUCUGAACUACUUAUUCUGAAACUGUGCCUGACUAUGACCUUAUGUAAAUACAAACCACUGCAGGCAGACAUAUUCUCUCUUAUUUUAGCUGAAGUGCUCAUAAGCCCCAAUAUACCAUUUUAACACAACGCAGUGAGUUGUUUAACAAUUGCAUUGUCUUUCUCAUCUGUAGUGAAAGAACAGGUACAUGUUAAUAAUAAUAAUAAUAAUAAUAAUAAUAAUAUUUAUUUCUUAGCAGACGCCCUUAUCCAGGGCGACUUACAAUUGUUACAAGAUAUCACAUUAUACAUUAUUUCACAUUAUACAGAUGUCAUAUUAUUUUACAUACAAUUACCCAUUUAUACAGUUGGUUUUUUUUUUACUGGAGCAAUCUAGGUAAAGUACCUUGCUCAAGGGUACAACAGCAGUGUCCCCCACUGGGGAUUGAACCCACAACCCUCCGGUCAAGAGUCCAGAGCCCUAACCACUACUCCACACUGCUAGGUUUUGGAAAUAGCGAGGACUGCAGGGGGAGGUAAUGAUGUGUCUAUUCAUCUGUUAUACUUAAAGUAUGAAAGAAAACUACCUUAGACUUCAAUAGACUUGAAUAUUUAAACUAAAUCAUUGUAAUGUAUUCAGAGACAAAAAUGACCAUGAUUGUUCCCAGAAUUUACAAAUAAUUGUAUCAAAAACACCAUGAAAGGGCUCCCGAGUGGUGCAUCCAGUAAAGGCGCUCCGCGUGGAGUGCAAUAUGUAUCCUAUAGCCUGGAGAUCACAGGUUAAAAUUCAGUCUAUGUCAUUGCCGACCAUGACUGGGGGUUCCCAGGGGGUGGCGCACAAUUGGCCGAGCGCCACACGGAUAGGGAGAGCUUAAGUCGGCAAGGCAAUCCGCGGUACACACCAGCGACCCCUGUGGCUAAUAGUGCGCCUGCGGGUCUGCAGUGGAGACAUUCAGAUCUGUGUUGUCCUCCGGCACUAUAGGUCUGGUGGCUUCGCUGUGGAUCCGCAGUGCGAAAAAUGACGGAUUGGCAGGAACAUGUUUCGGAGGACGCGUGUUUCAGCCUCCUUUUCUCGAGUCGCCAGGGGUUUGCAGCGGUGAACCGGGAUAAAAAUAAUAAUUAGGCAUUCCAGAUUGGGGAGAAAACCGGAGUAAAAACCAUUGGCGACAACUAAAUUAAAAAAAAAAAAAAAAAAAAAAAAAAACAUUGAAAGGAAACCAAUGCAUAAAAAACAUCUGAAAUAAAAAAAAAUUUCAAAAAAAUCUCCUGUCUUUAGUUGGUAAUUUGAUUAAGUACUGGGUUUAUUUUACUUCCAAGAGAUUUUCGAUAUUAUGCUUUUGAUUUCCAUCUGAUUCAAAAUGAAGGAUUAUUAAAAUAAUAGUUUAAUUGUUGAAAGAAUAUUUGGAUGUUCAUCCCAGCAAUAAAAAUAAUUAUUUGUAAUCAACACGUCAAAGAAAUGAGAAGGACAUCUUGCUCAAAAAAAUGGACAGGAGGCAGUCCUACGUCCAGUAAAUAAUGAUAUUCCAGCUGACUCAUGCAUGCUAAUCUGGAUGGUUGGGCUAAUGGAAAGUAUUAGACAAAACAAACACAACAUAGCAUUAAGGUCAAAAUCUAGUCACCUUUCACACACAAUAAAUUAUAAUUUCUCCAAUUUCCGCUGGUAUUAGUCUAGAGAGCAGGGGUGAAAUUAAUUUUGCAUACUUCAAACCAUGUGUGCCCCUCAAUCAGUAUUUAAACCACAAGGAUAAGAUUGAGACCAGGUACCCAAAAUGACUCAGUUUACAUGCUUUAUCGUUCUUCUAUCAGUUUUAAGUUGUAUGGCAUUUAAAGAAAAAGUAUCAAGAAAAUGUAUGCAAGACACCAAGAAAUUUAUUGAGGACCUUAACGAGGACAUCCCAAGAGAGUAUGCUGCUUUGAUGUAUGAUGCUUUUGGAAAAAUGGGCAGCGAUUUUGUGGGUGGAAACAUGAACAGACCAGGAUCAUUCAGUGAAUGCAUUUUAGCCAAUGCAGGUGAUUUCAGUGGGCAAUACUGCCAGGUCAUGUUAAUACAGGAACAAACUGGGUACUUGGUGGGCUUGUGUGUUCCAGAUUCUUGUGACGAGGCUGAAAUUGAAAUAUUAGUUGCAAAUGAUGUAUUUAAGUAUAAGGAUACAUCAUUAGUGCCUCCCAUUCCAUCUGUGCUUCUUCACAACUCUACACAACAGAUACCAGUAUCCACAACAAAAUGUCUGAAAAAAAAUGGUACUCCAGAUGCAUCUGCUAUAGUUUGCCUGUUUGUUUGCAGUUUCAUUGUGGCACUACCCCUAGGUGGAACUAUUUAUGUAGCCUUAAUAAAAUGGAAAAAACAAAAAUUGAAUCUAUCCACUGCUGGUUCCAACUUUAAGUCAGAUCCAAAUCUUUAUGGUACCUUUCUUCAACAUGAUGUGCACCAGAAACAUGCCAAUAACUUCAGUGCAGAUGUAGAAUCACCAACAGAACACAAAUCUGGAAGAGACGUGGAAGAAAACAACAAAAAUCGUUUGGUUUACUUUUUGGAUAAUUUUAUGAAAACAUUCUCGUUGCAAAAUAAUUUUUCAUCUCUGUGGGUUACAAAGGACAAAGGACAUUAUUCUGCACUGAAUGGAAUUCGAAUUUUGAGUCUCCUGUGGAUCAUUUGUGGACACAAUAUCCAGUUAAGCUCUUGGGAAAACUUAGACAAUGCUAAAAGAUGGAAAGACAGCGUAGAAAACAAUCCAGUUUACAUUGUUGCAUUAAGUGGACCCUCCUAUUUAGCUGUGGAUACCUUCUUGCUUAUUGGUGGUCUCCUAAGUGUAAAAUCACUUUUCAGCUUGAUUCACAGAGCAGAUGACAAGAUGACCAUACAGCUUGUGGGAACAUUUUUGCUUAACAGAUUAAAGAGGAUCCAGCCUCUCCACAUUUUCAUGGUUUGCCUAUCUAUUGGACUACUUUCUGUUGUCCCUAAGGGUUCCUUCUGGAGUUUUGCAGAAAUGCAGAUAGAUAUUUGUAAAAAAUAUUGGUGGACAAACAUGCUGCUUAUAAAUAAUUUGUUUUUUUACCCUAACUCGUGCAUUCCAUGGUCAUGGUAUCUGGCUAUUGAUGUCCAGUUCUAUUUUACAACACCUUUGCUGGUUUUUCUGCUCCGAAGAAAUACAUACACACUGAUUGCUGUAGCAACCAUCUUCCUUUUAAUUCCCUGCUUUAUCAGUGCCUUGCUAACAGCUUAUUUCCAAUUACCACUGUAUCUACCAAAUGAAUGGAUUCACAAGGCAUACUUUGAAUAUUAUUAUAAUAAGCCGUAUUCCAGAUAUGGUCCAUAUUUAAUUGGAAUCCUUCUGGGCAUGUUCAUGAACGCCAAGAAAGAGCGUCUUUUAAAGAAACAGUGGCAGGCUGCAGUUGGCUGGAUUUCCUCUUUGACCUCCAUGGCUUUGUUGGUAGCCCUAGCGUAUGUUUUACAUGAGGUUCCCAAUUGUCCGUCUGCACCUCACGCUAUAUACCAGGGGCUGCACAGGACUCUCUGGGCUGUUGCUGUUGCCUGGAUAAUAUUUGCUUGUGAUGAAGGUUUCGGAGGGUAUAUAAAUACAUUUCUUUCCCUAAAUGUGUGGAUCCCAUUUUCAAGCAUCAGUUUUGCAUGCUUCAUGAUACACCCUCUUCUUAUUAUUAUAUUCAAUGGAAUUCAGGAAACUUUAUUUCAUUAUACAGACAUUAACUUUUUCUACCUUUACAUGGGACACCUCGUUCUGACAGUCGCUCUGGGAUAUGUACUAACUGUGCUGGUUGAAAAACCGUACUUAUUUCUAAAGCGCCACAUGAAAUAAUUAUGGAAUAUGUAAGCUGUGGAAGGCACUCAAGUUUUAUACUUGCAAUAAAAAAGCAUGUGAAUUUUAAACAAAAGAGAAUAUUUUGUGGAUUUUAAGAAACCAGUUGCAAAUUGAUGCCAUGAAUUGAUUUUUUACUAUAAAAAUACAUCAAAGUGAUAAAUCAAAAUUGUAUAUUUUAUGUUAUGUUGUUCCACAAUUUAUUUAUAAAAACUGUUACUUUGUCAGCAUCUUGAAGUCUCUGGUUUUAUAUUUGCUUGUUUUACACAAACCUCUCAGUUAAAUGAAUACUGUGUUGUUCAGUUGGCUAGUAAACAUCUAAGAUACAUUCUUACAAAAAGCUUGGUUCACUUCCCUGAAUCCAGCUGUCCUAGUAUUCUCACACUUUUUACCUGUUAAUACAUAGACUGAACUGCAGCCUCCAUUCUCAUGUGUUCUUCAUUCCAUUCACAAUAAUGAGCACCAUCGGCAGAGGACUAGACAAAUAGGAUUCAUUUUGAAGGAUGACAGUGUCAAUAUGUGAAGAUCAGACCCUAUUAUGCAGGUAGUGGACAAAAAAUGGAAACAUCUGGGUAAAUGAGGGACACCAAGUAUAUUGAAAGCAAGGGCUUCCACACAGAUGUGGCUCAUGCGUUAAUUAAGCAAAUAACAUCCCAGCAUACUUAGGGUCAUGUAUAAAAAUGCUGGACAGGCCUGGUUGCCUAUAAUUAUGGCUAGCAUGGCUGCAAGAGAAGACCUCAGUGACUUUGAAAGAGGGGUGAUUGUUGGGGCACAUUUGGCAGGAGCUUCAGUGACCAAGACAGCUCAACUUGCCGAUGUUUCAUGAGCAACGGUGUCUAAGGUGAUGUCGGCAUGGAACUCCGAGGGAAAGACAUCAUCAGCAAAGGGCAACAGUGGGCAGAAGCGCAUACUCCAGGAUCGUGAUAUCCGUGCAUUAAUUCAAAGUGCAAGGCAAAACAGGCGAGCAACUGCAGAUCAAUUGACUGCAAAUUUCAACCUGGGGUGCAAGCAGCCAGUUUCAUCAAAAACGGUCCACCGAGAACUCCACAGCGCUGGAUACCAUAGUGGCCCAACGCCCUAUUAAGUGACUUUACAUUGGUGUUUCCAUGUUUUUGUCCACUACCUGUAUAUUGAGGAUAUUAUUUAUGUAUCUUUCACUUUUUGGAUGUUGACAAUCAUUCUGAGUGAUUCCAUGCCUGUAUAAUCCUAGUUGGUGGGUGGAUAUGGUCUACAGUUAACAAAUGUAUUUCAAAAAGGUUCAUUUCAGACCUACAAAUCGACAGAUACUUGAUGCCAUAUUUACAAUAAUUCCUCUAUAAAUGUGCUCUCAUUGUAACAUUUCUAAAUAAUUUAAACAAAUUUGAUGCACACUACCAGUCCCUUUUUAAUGAAAACACUGUACAGUGCCUUGCAUAAGUGUUCACCCCCCUUGGACUUUUCCACAUUUUGCAGUGUUACAACCUGGAAUUAAAAUGGAUUUAAUUGGGAUUUUUACUGUUUGAUUUACACAACAUACUUAACACUUUGAAGGUGCAAAAUACUUUUUAUUGUGACACAAAAGUUAAUUAAACAAAAAAAAGACAUUUGUUGGUUGCAUAAGUAUUCAACCCCCUGAAGCAAUACUUGGUAGAAACACCUUUGGCAGCAAUUACAGCUGUGAGUCUUUUUGGGUAAGUCUCUACCAGCUUUGCACAUCUGGAUCCUGCAAUUUUUGCCCAUUCUUCUUGGCAAAAUUGCUCAAGCUCUGUCAAGUUGGAUGGGGACUGUUGGUGAACAGCAAUUUUCAAGUCUUGCCACAGAUUCUCAAUCGGAUUGAGGUCUGGGCUUUGACUGGGCCAUUCUAAGACAUUCAGGUUCUUGUUUUUAAACCACUCCAGUGUAGCUUUGGCUGUGUGUUUAGGGUCAUUGUCCUGCUGGAAGGUGAACCUCCGCCCCAGUCCCAGGUCUCUUGCAGACUGAAACAGGUUUUCCUCUAGAAUUUCCCUGCAUUUGGCUCAAUCCAUCUUGCCCUCAAUCCUGACCAGUUUCCCAGUCCCUUUCGAUGAAAAGCAUCCCCAUAACAUGAUGCUGCCACCACCAUGCUUCACCGUGGGGAUGGUGUUCUCAGGGUGAUGAGCACUGUUGGCUUUGCGCCACACAUAGCGUUUUGAUAUGGGUUUUUUUCAGCAAUGGCUUUCUUCUCGCCACUCUUCCAUAAAGCCCAGCUUUGUGGAGCGUCCGGGUUAUAGUUGUCCCAUGGACGGUUUCUCCCAUCUCAGCUGUGGAUCUUUCCAGCUCCUUCAGAGUUACCAUUGGCCUCUUGGUUGCUUCUCUGACUAAUGCCCUCCUUACCUGGUCACUGAGUUUUGGUGGACGGCCUUCUCUAGGCAGAGUCGCGGUUGUGCCAUAUUCUUUCCAUGUUUUAAUAAUGGAUUUAACGGUGCUCCGGGGGAUGUUCAAAGUUUGGGAUAUUUUUUUAUAACCCAACCCUGAUUGGUGCUUCUCCAGAACUUUAUCCUAGACUUGUUUUGAUAGCUCCUUGGUCUUCAUGAUGCUGUUUGAUAAGAUAUGCUCUCUAACAAACUCUGGGGCCUUCCAGAAACAGGUGUAUUUAAUCUGAGAUCAUGUGACACCUUAAUUGCACACAGAUGAACUCCAUUCAACUAAUUAUAUGACUUCUGAAGGCAAUUGGUUGCACCAGAGUUUAUUUAGGGGUGUCACAGCAAAGGGGGUGAAUACGUAUGCAAUCAAGACUUUUCAGUUUUUUAUUUGUAAAUAAUUUUGAAAAAUAUGUAGAUUUUUUUCCUCACUUCAACAUUAUGGACUAUUUUGUGUAGAUCAGUGACAGAAAAUCCUAAUUAAAUCCAUUUUAA